AUGGACUCUACAAGUACAACUGUAUCAAUAGGGAAGUUCCCCUUUGACUAUACUGAAGAACAGGUACUAGAAAUAGCCAGAUCUGUAGGGCCAGUUCUUGAUUUGAAGCUUCUUUUUGACGAAUUGACUGGCAAAUCUAAAGGUUAUGCCAUUAUUAACUUUGGAGACAACGAAACGGCGGCUUCAGCAGUGAGAAACUUAAACUACAUGACUUUGCCCAAUGGCAGAUUCUUGAGAUGCACUUUCAUCAACGACUACGACAUUUCAAACCAGGAAAGAUUGCCUCCUUUACCUUUGGGGGUGCAGAUCCACCCCAAUGAGAACCUGCAGCAGGUGAUAUCAAACAUCUUGUCGAGUAUCGACUCGAAUUCAGCCCUCCGUAUUCUAAAAGAAGCCAAGACUAUGAGUACAGAGAAUCCGAAAUUGACCAAGUUGCUUUUAGAAAGAUUCCCGCAGUUGGCGCACGCUUUAGUGGAACUCAGUUUGAUCUCUAACAUUACUAAUGGGGAUCUAAUCGAGAUGACUCUCAACAAGAAAGGGUUGCCUUUGAACGAAUUGUCAUUGGACCAUAUAACGUUGCUUCGGAGUGUUCAUAACCUCACUGAUAAAGAUAUUGCAACUUUAGAUGAGAGCAAGAAAGACAUCAUCAACCAGAUACGGAAGGAAAUAGACAAGGGAUCCUACGGCGAGGUGUUGCAAGAAUAA